GCCGUUAGUCCGCCGCAUUUCUGCAGCUAUGUUGCGCGCGUGUCCCCGCGUUUACAUUAUAUGUCUGUGUGCGUCAGUUGUGCUGAGUGUCCAAGUGUCUAAAGAAUAUGUCUGCCAAGAUCCAGAUACGGGAACUCUUCAUGAACUCAACGCAACUUGGCCAUCAACCACUUUCUGCGGAAACUAUACGUGUAAAAUUAGAAGAAUAAACACUGGUCAACAACCAUCUAAAGUGUUUGUGAGUAUUUUCAACCAACAAGCCAGGGCCGAUACUAAUAAUGAAACAAAUGAAUUAAGUUUGAAACCAGAUCCCACUAACGAUAAUGACAGACUUUUAAAUAAAGCAGAAAUUCAGAAAAUUACAGAACUACUGCAUUUAGUGAAGAAGAGUGACUUGGAAGCUGUUAUAGAACUGUAUAAUGUAGCUCAAGAAAUGUAUAAGGAUAUGAAAGACGAUGCGGCUAAAGAAGAUAACAAGGAGAGCGAAGCAGUAUCGGGGGAAUCUAGAGAAAGUAGUCAACAAAAAACAUCUUAUUGGUAUGAAUCAGAUAAUGAACAUAGAAAGGUAGCUGAUAUGAAGUCAGAAGGAACUGAACUUGAAAGUUCAGUCCUAUAUUCAGCUAGACCAUAUCCGUAUGCGCAACCACAACGGUACUAUUACUCGCCCGGUCGAACCUAUCCCAAUUACUUUACGGGAUCGCUGUUUAAUAAUGAAGGUAGAGUGGGAUAUCCUAAUGUACCGAUGAAUCAGCAAGGCGUGCCCGAAUAUUACCAAAAGAGAAAUAUUUAUGAUGGUCCUGGGCCAACACCACCUUGUAACCCUUGCGUUCGACCAUAUCAGUAUCAAUUAAUGCCUAUGCCUGUAAACUAUCCUCCGCGAUCCGCUAGUGACAUGUAUCCGUAUUUGGUGACAGCAUACAACUACACUACACAAGGAUACAAAAAUAAUCAUAAAGGAAAUCCUUGGGCUUAUUAUGAUUAUUAUAGAAACCUUCCACAUCCGAAACCUUCACAAAUUCUAAGAAAUCCGAAUGUAUUAGAAAAAAUAUAUGAGGAAAACAGUAUUAAUGCUAAAAUCAAAGAUGAACAAUCAUGGAAAACUGAUCCUUUAUCUGAAGACGUUAUCAAUGAAAUCAGAGCAAAUAUAGCGCAGCGUAGUAAACUUAUAAACAUACCUUUGAAAAAGAGAUUAAAAUUAGAACGGAUAUCUAAAGUAUUUAAACUAGAUCAGAACAAUAGGAAAACGAGGUCAAUAUCUAAAGAAAAUAGUGAAGAAAAAUAUUCAAAAGAAAGUGACAUAAUUCAGAAGACUAUAGAAGAAACAAAAACUCUUGAAAAUACAGAAAUAAUGGAAACGUAUGUCGAAAAAGUACUGUGCGAACCACCGACAGAACUAGGUUUCUUCAAGAUCGGCAACAUGAACAAGCCUUUUCCUCACUGCUGUCCGCAAAAAAUAGAAGAUAAGCAAAGAUAAGAUUUAUCACCUUGGUAUCAACUAUACUCAUGGACAAAUUUAGAGGAACGCAAAAUAAAGCGUAAUUACUAAUUUUGAUAUUACUUUAGGUGUAAAGCAC